GCAGUUGCAGAAAGCAGGACGAUGUCGGCAAAGCGGACGAAUGUUCCAGAUGGCUUCGUUGCUGACGUACGACCCGAUCGACUGGAAAGCUCGACUCCGAAGACUGGAGGGCUUUUGGUGAGACCUGGUAAAGCGGCAGAGGGUGAAAGGCACAUGUUCAAAGCACCAGCGCCAAAAGCCUCGGCGCUGGGUUUAGAUAGAUUAGCGGCAGAGAAGCGGGCUGAAAAGGAGGCCCGAGAAGAAGACGGACCUUCGAAGCGUGCAAGAAUAGACUCGGUAGAUGGCUGGGAGGAGACCAAUGGAGGUCGCUUUGUCAAGCGCACUGGAGGCCAACAAUAUCGCUCUCGCAGAAUGGAAACUCCUUCUCAUGGAGGUGGGGUCUCUGAUGAGGCGUGGCAGCGUCUUGGCCAACACCGGAAGGAGAAGGAACGAUACCGUGCUGGCGGUCUACAUCUGUCAUCGAGAAAUGGUGCCGGCAACGGAAGAUACUCGAGGGACGAUCUCGCACAGAAUUCGGAAAGCUUAGGAGUCACUCGAAGUGAAUGGGAUAUGACCCCAUCGCGGCAAGAUGGCGGAAUGACACCGAGGCGGGAUGGCCGUGAAGCCAGCAAAUCGGACUGGAAUUUUACUACUCCACGAGUGGAAUCAACCUCCUAUGACGACGAAAUGCGGAAACCCACGAAUGCAGAAUAUGAUCAAUGGGAAGCUGAGCAGACACGGCUAGACCGGGAAUGGUACAACUUGGAAGAGUCUGGAACGAUGGACGAGACAUACAAUCAAUACUCUGAAUUUGACGAAUACUAUCGAAAGAAGGAGGAGGAACUGGCGAAGCAACAAGUAAAACGGCUGUCCGCGCGGCAGGCUCAAUUCAACCGCGAUAAUGAUCUUUGGGAAACAAAUCGUAUGCUGACAAGCGGGGUUGUCCAGCGAAAGGAGGUUGACACAGACUUUGACGACGACCAGGAGGGCCGCGUUCACGUUCUUGUGAGAGAUUUGAAGCCGCCAUUUUUGGAUGGCAAGAUCGUUUUUACAAAGCAAUUGGAGCCUGUACAGUCUGUCCGUGACCCAACGUCUGACUUGGCGGUGGUCGCCAGAAAAGGGAGCAAGCUGGUACGAGAAAAGCGCGAACAGCAAGAGCGGGCUAAAGCUGCGAAAUCGUUAGAUUUAGCUGGAACCGCACUGGGUAAUAUCAUGGGCAUAAAAAAGACGACAGAAGACGCAGAAGAAGCGGCCGAAGCCGAUGGUGAAGGUCACAAAGGAGAGUCUCAGUUCGCAUCCCACAUGAAAGACCAAUCUGAAGCCGUAAGUGCAUUUGCACGAUCAAAGUCUCUUCGGGAGCAGCGCGAGUUUCUGCCGGUGUUCUCGGUCCGUGAAGAGUUGUUGCGAGUUGUUCGGGAAAAUCAAAUUAUUGUCAUAGUAGGUGAAACUGGGUCAGGGAAAACGACGCAAUUGACGCAGUACUUGCACGAAGACGGAUAUACGCGUCACGGUCGGAUUGGAUGUACCCAACCCCGUCGUGUAGCAGCUAUGUCAGUCGCCAAGCGUGUUAGCGAAGAGAUGGAGUGUAAACUAGGGGAUAAAGUUGGUUAUGCUAUUCGUUUUGAGGACUGCACUUCAGAAGAAACAGUGAUAAAAUACAUGACCGACGGUGUUCUCCUCAGAGAGUGUUUGAACACACCCGACUUGGACCAGUACAGUGCUAUUGUGAUGGACGAAGCACACGAGAGAGCACUUUACACUGAUGUGCUGAUGGGUCUAAUCAAGAGAAUACUUGCCAGAAGAAGGGACAUGAAAUUGAUCGUUACAUCAGCUACGAUGAACGCUGAAAAGUUCUCUGACUUUUUUGGGAAUGUUCCUAUUUUCAACAUUCCAGGACGAACGUUUCCUGUGGAUAUCAUGUUCAGCAAAAAUCCGGUCGAGGACUACGUAGAUGCUGCGGUGAAACAAGUCCUCGCCAUCCACCUGUCACAUCCUCCCGGUGACAUUCUUGUCUUCAUGACUGGACAAGAAGACAUUGAAGUCACUUGCCAAGUCGUUGCAGAACGAUUAUCCCAAAUCGAUGAGGCUGCGCCACUAGCCAUUCUACCAAUCUACUCACAAUUGCCAGCAGAUCUGCAAGCCAAAAUUUUUCAGCGAUCAUCAGACAAUUCAAGAAAGGUCGUAGUCGCCACGAAUAUCGCCGAGACCUCCUUGACUGUCGACGGUAUUAUGUAUGUAGUCGAUACCGGCUAUUCCAAGUUGAAGGUGUACAAUCCGAAAAUCGGUAUGGACGCACUUCAAGUUACCCCGAUCAGUCAGGCAAAUGCCAAUCAGCGGUCAGGUCGUGCAGGUCGAACGGGAGCCGGAACCUGCUAUCGUCUCUAUACAGAAUCCGCAUUUCGAUCAGAGAUGUUUCAGAAUAACAUACCCGAGAUCCAAAGAACAAAUCUUGCGAAUGUGGUGCUUUUAUUGAAGUCUCUGGGUGUCCAGAAUACCUUGGAAUUUGACUUCAUGGAUCCCCCCCCACAGGAUAAUAUUCUGAACUCUAUGUAUCAAUUGUGGAUUCUGGGGGCUUUGGAUAACACCGGCGAUUUAACUUCACUGGGAAGAACGAUGGUGGAGUUCCCCCUUGACCCAUCGCUAUCGAAAAUGCUAAUCACGGCCGAACAACUUGGAUGCACGGAAGAAGUCCUGACUAUCGUGUCCAUGCUUUCCGUGCCAACAAUUUUCUAUCGACCAAAGGAGCGGGCAGAAGAAAGUGACGCCGCCCGCGAGAAGUUCUUCGUCGGGGAAAGUGACCAUCUUACACUUCUGCAUGUGUACACGCAAUGGAAGGUCAAUGGGUAUCGAGAUAGCUGGUGUACUGAACACUUUGUUCAUCCCAAAGCCAUGCGAAAGGCCCGGGAAGUGCGUACUCAGUUGAUGGAUAUCAUGAAAACUCAAAGAAUGGAGAUAAUAUCUUGUGGAAAUGACUGGGAUAUCAUCAGGAAAUGUAUUUGUUCGGCGUAUUUCCAUCAGUCCGCUAGAUCAAAGGGUAUUGGUGAAUACGUCAACAUGAGAACCGGAAUGCCAUGCCACUUGCAUCCGACCAGUGCGUUAUAUGGUCGUGGAUUUACCCCUGAUUACAUCGUCUACCACGAGCUAGUAAUGACGUCGAAGGAGUAUAUGCAAUGUGUGACCGCCGUCGAUGCACAAUGGUUGGCCGAACUUGGACCCAUGUUUUUUACGUUGAAGGAAAAAGGGUUCAGUCAUACGGAAAAACGACGGCAGGACCGAAGGGAUCUGAUGAACAUGGAGGAGGAGUUGCGUCUGGCUUCGGAAAAGCGAGUACAGGAAGGUCGGGCUGCCAGUGUUACUCCGACACCACGAUCGCGCAUUGCGACUCCUGGUGCACGAACUCCCGCCCUAACGAGGCGUGAUAGUGGUACACCUUUGCAUCGCCGUCGAUUUGGGCUAUGAACAGGAUGGUUCACUUGUAUAUAGUAAUUACGAUGAAGAGAAUGUGGGCAGAAGGGCUGUGUAUGUGGUCAAUAUCCCGUUAUUUAUACAAUGAUCUGAACCGCAGUGUACAUGACAUAUAUCCGUGA